AGAACACUGGCUAACUUGCAUCAAAUAGGACAAUGUAUUCUUGGAGUUCAAGGUGUCGGAAAAGGUGAAAGAAGACGACCAAAAGCGGAAAGAGCGGGACCCACGUUUCCAUCAUCGAGCGGCAUUUGCCCAUGUCAUGGCUCAUGCCCGUCAAGUACGCCAGGAUCUGCAAGCCCAAGCACAAGCGGCGGUCCAUGCCGGUGCAGCACCGCUUCUGUUCGAGGCCAGACCGCCAGGGAUGCGACCGUUGGGGCCGCCCCCGCCAGCUCACCAACCUCAUGAUGAGGUGAAUUUGCCUAAGCACUGGGCUGAGCGGAGGGAGAGGCGUUAUGCCAAAUUACAUGAAAUUGAGGUCAAAAUGCGCGAAAUGCGCGAGGGACCGCGGCGACGCUUAGCCAAUCCGGCCAAACCCCCGGACCCAAAUCCCCAAAGCAAUCUCCAUCGAACCCAGUCAGCUCCAGAGCGUGUGCUUGGCAAUCUCAACCCCCAGCCCGCGCCCUUUCAACAUGCCCAAGUAGAGGCUGCUCUUCGCAAUGGAGACGUCUUCUUUGGCAUGCAAAAUGCGGAUUUGCCUGCUAUAGUCCCAUUCAGCAACGUCAACAACUUCCAGGGCUUCCCCGAGGUGAGGCUUUUUGGAUUGCUCAAUGAUGGACCAUAUGGGCAGGAGGACGAUCCCUGGAUGGAAGAGAUGCGGCGGAGCGUGGCAGAUAUUCGAAGAAAUAUUGCCCAACGCGUACAAAUACCGGAGAUGCCACAGAUGCCGCAGAUGCCGCAGAUGCCGCACUUGCAGCACAUGCCUCCGAUCCCGCAGAUUCCCAUGGUUGGAGUAGGUCCCCGUCCACCAGUUCCCGUACGGGCACACCACCCGCACCGGGUGGAGAUUCGAAACAGGGCUGGAAACCCACAAGGUCCGCAUGCCGCAUUCGGACGGGCCAGGAACUAACUAGUGGUUUCAAUGACAUGAUGAUACCCCAUGGCAUUUUCGUUUUGACUGACUUUGGCGUUGGGCAUUGGGUUGAGGCUUGGCUGCCGAUCACAUUGGCCAAGCGCAUAUGCAUGAGUUUUGGAAGAGG